AACUGGACAGCCAUGAAGUCUGCUCUGGAUGGAAUACCUGACACCACUUUCCGAACAAUAACUAACGGUUUGCAAUAUCUUGGCUCCAACGAUGUGAGCUACAGUGACCCGUCCAUUGAUUCUGGCUUUGCCAAGACUGGAUUCCAUUUACAGAAGGCUCACUCUGCCCCACUUAGAAACUACUUCCCUGGAGUAGCUAGAGACGAGGAGCUCAUCUUUAAUGGCAACUCCAUUUACCAGACCAACUUCUCUGAUCUGGUUGGCAAUGGGACCUUUGUGGACGGCGGGGAUUCUAUCCAAUGCGGGGAGAACUUUGUGGACAUGGAGUGCUUCAUGAUUCUGACCCCCAGCCAGCAGUUGGUAGUAGCGAUCAUGGCACUCACCCUGGGAACCUUCACAGUGCUGGAGAACCUUAUCGUACUGUGUGUGAUCCUCCACUCCAGCACCCUGCGCUGUCGGCCCUCCUACCACUUCAUAGGAAGCCUGGCUGUGGCUGACCUUCUGGGCAGUGUCAUAUUUGUGUACAGUUUCUUGGACUUCCAUGUGCUACACCGGAAAGACAGCCCCAAUGUGUUUCUCUUUAAGCUUGGUGGGGUCAUCGCCUCUUUCAGUGCCUCUGUGGGCAGUCUCUUUCUCACAGCCAUAGACCGCUACAUCUCCAUCCACAGGCCCAUGGCUUACAAGCGGAUCGUCACCAAGACAAAGGCUGUCAUCGCCUUCUGCAUGAUGUGGACUAUCUCAAUCGUCAUCGCGGUGCUCCCCCUACUGGGCUGGAACUGUAAGCAACUGAACUCAGUGUGCUCUGACAUUUUCCCACUCAUUGACGUGAAGUACCUGAUGUUCUGGAUAGGGAUGACCAGUGUGCUGCUGCUGUUUAUCAUCUAUGCCUACAUGUUCAUCCUGUGGAAGGCCCACCACCACGCCUUGCGCAUGAUGAGCCGCCGCUCCCAGAAGAGCAUCAUCGUCUACACAGCGCAUGGCACCAAGGUGCAGACAAUGCGACCCGAGCAGGCCCGCAUGGACAUCCGCCUGGCCAAGACCUUAGUGCUGAUUCUGGUGGCCCUCGUCAUCUGCUGGGGCCCUGUGCUGGCCAUCAUGGUCUACGACCUCUUCUGGAAGAUGAACAACUUUAUGAAGACGGUUUUUGCCUUCUGCAGCAUGCUCUGCCUGCUCAACUCCACCAUCAACCCCAUCAUCUACGCCCUGAGGAGUAAGGACCUGCGCCGGGCCUUUCUUAACAUCUGCCAGACAUGCAGGGGAACUUCUCAACUACUGGACAACAGCGCUGAGUCCGAUUGCCACAGCAGGAGCGUAAAAGGCACAGCCACAGCCUACAAAUCCACGGCUAGCUGUGCAAACAUCACUGUGAAAUUGGCCAAAGUUACCCUGUUGGUCUCCCCUGAGACAACUGCGUCUGCCAUCAUGUGA